AUGUCCGCCUCUGCGACGUUGAUCUGGGCCUCGCCCGCGCCGUCUUGGCUGCUGGGAGCGUCGAGCUUUCUUUUUUUUCUCUUGGGCUUCUUCUCGGCUUCCCAGUGUCGACGGAAGAGGCUCAACCUGUCCCCCUUCUCAAGACCUGGCUGCGACUCUGGAUCCUCGCUCUCUCGGUCUCUUUCCUCGUCCUCUCCUCGGCCUUUCUCGGGGGACCUUCCCAGCGACAGGAACACGCCUUGCUCGACUUCUGCGUACACAGCCGGGGAGAGUCGCGGCAGGGUGAGGAGGUACCUCAACUUCUUUUCUUCUCUCUCAAGCGAAAGGCACACAACUUCGGCGCAACUCUUCACCUUUGACGGGGCGUCAAUGAGGAUCAAAAUCCUCUCUCUCGUCACAUUCGCCUCGCUGCUGCGCUCUCUGCUUCUCUUGCUCCAACUCGUCGUCCCCUAUGACAACAUCCCCUUCUCCGUUGGUCGACCCGAUACGAGUCCUGGCGCCGCGGCUCUCCUGUUCGACACGCAGCGGCCUGCAGGCCACCCAUCCGAUCAGGCGGAGGUCGCUUCCGUUUCCCUUUCAUUUAUGACAGAUCUUUCUCAUUCACCUCGUCCUUCUGACUCGUCUCCUCUGUCUGAUUCUUCUUCAUCUCCUGUGUCACUUCCUAGUCUUUCUUUUUCUUUUCCCUUCCCUUCGUCUUCUCCUGAUCCUGCUCUUUCUUCUCCUUCCUCGUCUUCCUCUCCUCCUUUUCCGUCCUCUCCUUUCUCUUCUGUUUCUUCUUCUUCUUCUGCUCCUCCUUCUUCUCCAUCUUCUCCUUCUGGUCCUUCUUCUGAGACUCUGUCUGGUUUGCUGUCGUUCCCGGGAACUCCUUCCGGUCGUCAGCCUCUGCCUGCUGCAGACAAAGAAAGGCUCGGUGGUCAAGAGAAAACUGGAAAUACCGCGGACGAAGGCGAAGCGCAACUUCUUGUCGACUUCUCUGGCGCCCCAACCUUCUCAGCGAGAGACGGAGACACUGGCGGGAGCCGGGGACGCCGAGGCGCGAGAAAGGAAGAAGGAACUGUUGAGAAGAGAGUCCGACGGUCUCCUGAGAAGUCCAGAGAACCAACGCCGCGGCGCCCCUGCGUUUCGCCGCCAUGCACAGGAGGAAACGAGACGAGAAAGCCUGAAAAUCAAGGGAGCAACGCAGAGGAAGACGAUGAGAGGGAGGCCGCCGAGCAUGCGUCGGCGCACAGUCAGUUGCACAGUCGGAGAGCGAAGACUCAACUUUCUGGAGAUUCUCCCGGUCUUCAUUUUAGCCGAGAGGUACAGACUCUAGAGGCUUCGACUGGUCUCCAUCAUACGGAUUUGGGAACGCGUGAAUCGGAGGAAAUGCACGUCUCCUCUCCGCUCUCUGCUCCUGCGCUCGCUGCACCCUUUCUCGCCUCGGUCGUGGAUUCGCCUCCCGCUUUCGCUCUGCUUGCCUCAGCAGCGCCCGAGGCGAACGCUGCUGCGACUCGCGUUUCAGAAUCGGCUCUUCCUUUCGCGCGAAUGUCCUCCCAAGACGCUCGACAGUUGCCUUCCUCCUCCCUCAAACACUCGUCUUCUCCUUCGUCUUCUUCCUCUUCUUCUUCUACCUCUUCUGCUUCGAGGUUCCUCAGUCCGAAUCCCCUGUGGGUCAGGACCGUCGUGCGUUCGUUGCCGCCCAUGCUGUGCAUCAGCGUGUACGGCCUCCUGGUGUUGUUUUUGAUUGACCUGCACAAUGCGAGUGCACUCCACGGAAACGCCACCUUUUGGUGGGUGCUCUCCAGCUACGUGUCUCUGCUUCUGGUCUGGAUUCUUUUCGCGUCCGUCGCUCUGAUGGCCCUCGAACACAACACCAGCGAAGAAGCGCACCUGUUCGCUAGGUGCUCUGCAAUUCUCUUGGGGCUGUCUUUCUCCCUCCUCGCCGUCGCCUGGAGUUUCUUCGGACGGCGGGUGUUGCGACAGCUCUCCUCGCAGGAGGCUUCUGCCUACGCGCUGCCUUCUCUGUCUUACCGUCGCACCGAACAAGAGCACCGCCUCUGCUCACUUCCGCAGUGCCCUCUCCACUUCUCCGACGUCUCCCGUCGCGCUUUCCUCGCCUGCCAAGACCCGCCGCUCGUGUACCGACCUUCCACCCUGCCUCGACCCCACAAGCGCGACGGCUCAGAGACGCACGAGACACUUCGCGUGCUCGAAAGCGAUCGCAUGCAGAUGACUCCACCUGCCUCGCUGGGGUGCGGCUUCGAGUACCACCGCGCGCCCGACUUCCCUGCUCCUCUGCUCGACUCCUACUACUGCGAAUCCUGUUCUGCGGCUCGAGGCCGAGAGACGGAGCCUCGCGGGCUUGGCUGUGCGGCGUGGCUGAAACGCUGGCUUCCUUUUCUCUAUCGUCUCUUCUUCAGAGACACGGAGACAGGAGAAAGCAGGGAGGGCAGGGAGAGAAGCGAUGAGGCUGUUGAGGAAGUUCGCGCCGUGUCGCGGUUUUCGACGGGGCUUUCGCCGAUCUGGGAGUGUCUGGCGGACGUCUGCUGUGUUGACUCUUGCUGGUCAUCAAGACCGGAAGAACCCAGGAGAUGCCAUGCCUGGAGACGCCUUCGGCGCCUCACGCUGUUCUGCCCCCCGCUGCUUUUCCUGCGAGGAAUUUACCUUCUCAUGGUUGGAACGGAGGUGAUUCCCCACUACUACCCAGCGGCUUCGUCGUCCUUCUUCCAGAAGCAGAAGGAGAGCUUUGACAUCUGCCUCUACCUCCUCACCGAGUUCGUUCCUUUGACUUUGCUCGUCCUCGCCUUCGCCGCAAACCCGCGCACAACGCGGCCACAGCGGGAUGAAGAAACCGACGAGGAAGCAUCCAGUCAAGAUGCGACUGAAGAAGAAGCCUAA